AUGUUGCGGCCCAUCGACGUGCUGUUCAUCUCCAUGCUUGUGGGCCUUCUAUUUCUCCCGAUAUGGAGAGCCUAUUUGUGUUCUCCAGGAAGUCACGCGGCGGAAGCGACAUCGAUCGCAAGUUAUGGAGCGCUUCUGCAGCCGCAGGAGCUGCCGAACCGCGGAGUAGGUGUAGGAUUUGAUCUCACUGCGGGCUAUGGGACCGUAGCAAUUAGCUAUCACAAUGGUUCAACGGCGAACGUGGCAAGGGUCAAUGCCAGCGAGACAUACCACAAGACUAUGUCACGGCUCUCCCGCAUGAGCUCUCGCUACAGGGUUUCCCCUGCAGAUGCGAGAGCCCUGGGUGACAUGAUCAAAGACCUACGGGCGGAAGCUGAGGACUUCCUCGAAUACCCUCUCUCAUCUGUUGUAGGAACGAUCGUCAACCUCGAAGGCCUUAACGGCAACACUCUGGACGCUGCUUUCGAACAUGCAGGCCUAGGCGUCAUCCAACUCAGGUUCUUCAACUACCCCGCCUACGAGACCAUGACCGCAUACGCCGGCAACGGCUUGGGUAUCUGUUCAGAUUAUAAGAACAGAACCGCUUGCAAGAUCGAGCGGAUGGCGAUGCAGGACAUAUACGUACUCUCAGUGCUGUACACCAAGACAGCAUUAACGGUUGCAUUAACGCUCAUGGCAAGCGCGAAUGACUUAUACGAGCAUCCGCCAUUGAAAGUGGAAGAUUUCACGCUGGGCCACGAUGCGAGGCACCAGAAUCCGAACGAAAAAUACUACUGGGAAGCAGUAAAGGACGCGGUCCGGAGAGCCGUUGUAUGGGAUGUGGGCCCUAUGAGGCAACCGGCAAAGCUGUUGCUGUUCGGUGAAAGCUCUGGCGACGCCAAGUUCCGUGCCGUCCUGAAUGAGACUUGUCAAGAGCUGUUGGAGGAAUUGCCCCAGUGGUAUGACAAUGAGCCUGUAUUUGUAGCGGCGAGAGGUGCAGCGGAACUCGCGAAGCGAAAACCCUUUGACCCUUGGCGUCCGGCAGUCGUGCAAGAGACGGUGGACCUCUGA